ACACUAGACUCUUGUAGAAUGCAGACAUUAAAGCGGAGGAACAAUAGGUUUGGGGAGGGUCCUGAGUCUGAGGUUCCCAAUCUGUGUGGAUUGCUUGGAGCUGAGUCAGACACAUGAUCGCAGUCAGCUGACAAGCCAGUCUCAGGACAAGCCAAGCUGCAAACACAGGAGGAAGUUUGAAAGUUUGGAUUGUAUUCCAAGUCCUAUGAAGAAGUCUGCUGUCUGGGGACAUGCCACUGUCACCAUGCAUAGACUCCGGGGGGUCAUUGGUGGGCUCUUCGGCUUUGCAUGUUUGGUUGGUAGUCAGCUGACCACAACUAGUAUUGUGAUGACCCCCGCCGAUUUCAACUGCAGCUCCGUUAAUACCACUGAAUGCAUGGUGUGCCCUGCUGGUACUUACCCUGAUAAUGAUACAGAAUUUUGUCAGUGCUGUUCCAACGCUUCCUGCGUAAACUCCUCACAUUGCUUACCUUGCCAGUUCGGAUAUUACCAGCCACACAGUGGUCAAGCUGAUUGCCUGCCAUGCCCACAGGGCUUUUAUACCAACACUUCAAAAAGUGAGGUUUGUCAGUCAUGUCAGCCAGGAUCUUUUUCUAAUGCAAGCGCAUCCGUGUUGUGUACAUCGUGUGAAAAAGGUUUCUUUUCAUCCAUUCAGAAUGCCACACAAUGCCAGCCAUGUACACCAGGGUCAUUUUGCAAUACUAGCAGCUGCACCAGCUGUGCUCUGUGUCCUGCUGGGGAGGAGGCUGUAAAUAGCGGCUCGGCAGACUGCACUCCAUGUAGUCCUGGAAUGUAUAAAGGACCCAAAGACCCAAGAUGUCUGCAUUGCCGAGAUGGUGAAUACCAAGCGGAGUCGGGAGCGGAUCGCUGUAACGUGUGCCCUAUAGAUCACUAUUGUCCAAGCCCUGACAUCGGUCCUAUAACCUGUCCAGAAGAUGCAUUCUGCCCUGCUGGAAGCACAGAGCCCAGUUACUGUAUGGAGACGUUCCUGCGGAAGUCUGGGGACUCCUGUGAAAUGGCCCCUCUCACUAUAGUGCUUCUUGUUGUCUGCGCAGCUGUAUUGUUGUUUGCUGUGAUUUAUGUGGUGAGGAAGCACAGAAUGGCAGAGCAAAGACAACCUAUGACCGCUUUCACACCAAAGUCUCCCCUACUAAAAUCGCAACGUUCAUCAAGCUCCAUAUACGGGCUCGACUACGACGCAGAACCUGUGUAUGCUGGAUGGUGACCAGCUUAGAUUUGGCAAGACAGUAGUUUAAUGUAAAAAGAAAAAAAAAUUGUACAGUUUGUGAAUAAUCUGUAUUUAAUGUUCCUGUUAGAUUUCUCAAGCUAUAUAUAGUGUAGAGCCAGGCACCUGUAAAGACUUGUAUAGUAGAGAAUGUAAAUAUUGGUGCUUUGUAUAUGGCAGAUGCUUGUUAGUUGACUGUCCAAUGCUUUUGUUGUAUAGAAUAUUUUCUUUGCAGAACUGAAGUUUUUUUUUUUUUAAUCAUUAUUAAUAAUAGAUGUGGUUAUACCUCAUAAAAUGUUUGAAGCUUUACAAUAUGGGUAAAACUGCUGUGCACAACAAUUGUGCAAGUUAUCUGUGUAACAGGAAAAAAUGAGCAAAAAGAUAUUUGUUUUGUGUUCCUA